GUAACAGAUAAAAAAUAAGGGCACACAAAGAAAUGUUCUUACAGCAAAGAUCAUUUGAUAAAAGGGUUACUAUUAACCAGUCUCUAAAGGGCGAUAAACCUAUUUUGAAUAACGGGUUAUUUGUUUCAAUUAAAAAGUCCUAUUACGUUUCAACAUUUAUUCAGCACUGGAAGUUACGUGAUCUUAUUUGCAGUCUCAGUAAUACAGCAAUUAUCCACCCAAAGCAAAACGCAAUAUACAAGUUUGAUACUAAAACCCAAAGAGACACAAAAUUCCACAGCGAAUUGUCAUUUACACCCACCACACUUGACACGAGAGGACAAUAUAUGGUUGUUGGAGGUCAAACUGGUAUAAUCAUGCUAAAAAACCUUGUCACCGGAUACUUCCGAACAUAUCGUCUGGGGGAAGGGAUGAACAAAUCAGUAUGUCUCUCGGAAUGGAACACUAAAUUACGUGUUGUCGUAUGCAACAGCGAUCAAUCUGUUUAUGUCUCUACUAUUCCUGAAUUGGAGAAGAUCCAAACUUUAAAAAUGGCAGCUGUAAUCAAUUACUGCAUUGUUAGUCCUGAUGGUAAAAAAUUACUCAUGGCAAGUGAUCAUGGUGGAGUUUACCUUUACCAUAUUAAUAAAUAUGGACUUUACCAAGAGCAAAGUAGCUACAAAGUUUCUAAUGAACCAUGUAUAUCGUGCGCGUGGAACCAGUCGUCAGACAUGUUUGCUGUAACAAGUCAAGAUGGAUUUGUAAGCGUGUUUAAUAUCCAUUCAGGUUUAAGACUUGCUCAAUUGGGAUCAUUCGAGACUCGAAAGGCCAAAAAGGCUGCUCGUUGUGUUCAAUUUAGUUCAGGCCCUAUCGAUCUGCUAGCUUACACCGAACAUGUGUCUAACAUUUACAUUGUUGAUACACGAACAUUCGAAACGAGACAAAUAGUACGACUAUCGCCUGAAAAUGAGGACCGUGCAAUCACUGGUUUUACUUUUUCUCCCGACUGUCGAAAGCUUUUUGUUGCCCUGCAAGAUCAUUUAAUCGAAUUAGAAGUUGAUAGGUCCGAAAGAACACAAUUCGGGGCAGGUAGCUUAAUUUAAUAAUAAUAAAAAAAAAUGUCUAUUGAUGUAGUAAGCCCUAUUAUUUGGCUGAUGUUUUAAGCUGCAACCCAUGCAUGCCUUUGAUCUCUUCUUUUAAAACUUCGUUUACCAUUCUGUGUUGCUUUACAAUGCUAGUUCCUUCGAAUUUUUUAGCAGCAAUGUCGAUGGCAUACAUGGAUCCACAUUUACCGGAAACAUCGGCGACUUGAAGUUUAUGAGGUGAGAGUGCUUCUGUGAGCUUUUGGAAAAUAUGCUUUUCACCAGCACUCAAACUGGCGGGAGCUUCGGUUGAGUAAAAGGCACGACUGAUAGCAACACUGCGAGAAAAACGUGAAAGGAACAUAAUGUAAGAAUACA